AUGGCUACCAUCCUUGAACUCUAUCGCGUCGACUACUGGAAAUACAGGGCCGAAGGAAACGCAAACAUCGUUCUCCAAAACACAGUCCUUCGUCUCCGCAAGGCGAAUAGACUCGAUGACCCUGGAACCGGAUUACAAGGAACAAACUUCGGAGACGGCACCAUGACCAUGAAGGACCUAACUAUGGAGUCCCACUUUGCCACUAAGGUCAUCGGUCUUCUCCUCGGUCAGGAAUUUGUUGAGCAGCUCAUUGCGGUUGCUCUUCCUCCCGGAUUUUUGCCGUCGCUUGCCCUGGCAAUGGAACCUUCGCGGCCAGAGUCACGGCGUCAAAAGGGCAUUGAUCUGGCACAAUCAGUUGGCUUUCUGGCUCUGGACCAUACGCGUUUCAUCAAGCCAUCGCCCGGCCAGUCAGAUGUCGCCAUCGAGAUCAAGCCUAAGUGGGGGUUCCUUACAAAGUCAGCAUUUCUCCGCAAGGAUCAGGAUAUCAAGAGACGCAAGUGUCGAUUCUGCAUGUACCAGUAUCAAAAGAUAAAGACGGGACAGGAGGGUACUCUCAGCAAGUAUUGCCCAAUCGACCUAUUCUCAGGAAGAGAACUCUUGGUCCAAGACGCGGUGGAUGCGCUCGUGGACACACCCCAGAAUAACCUCCGCCUUUUCGUCGACGGGAUACAGAAGCCUGUGAGCAGAGAGAGUAUGGCCCAAUGCCUCUCGGCACCCUCAACAUCGGCCACGACUCUACUUCAUGAGCAGCAGCAGAAUCGGAAACCACAGUGGAUGGAAAGCGAUGACCCAUUGGGCUAUGAAGAAGACGAUUCUGGACCCGUAAGGCUUACAGACGUGUUGACAAAGAUCUUGGUCGAGUCGCCAUUGUUGAGGAGACUUGGGCGCCUUCAGCAGGCACUCGACUCUCUUGAUGUGGAGACUGUCCAUCAACUCUACACAUACUUAAUAGAACAUGAUUCUGCGCAUCUCCCAGAACCAACUGUGGAGGAGUUCCUUGAGACAGCAGAGGCGUUCAUGGACCGGACGGAUAUGAAUGCAAUGAUGACAGAGGAUCAGGACACAUUCGAAUCUCAUAACGCGGCAGGGCUUGGGUUCGAACCAGAGGAUGAUUUGGAAGAGUUGCCAGGACCCCUCCAGCUGCAUUUUAUACGCGAGUUUUUGCUGUCGGCCACCUUGAAGGAUUGCUCCAUCCUCAUCACUAUUCAGAGAGAGACUGCGACAGUUGGAGUGGCAACAACAGCCAAUGCUACCUUGUCAAGACUGGAGGUUGAUGCUGGUAACGAAUUUCACGAGGCCUGUCACCGGAUCAAGGUGAAGGAGGAGAUGUUUCUGUACAAGAUCACCUGUAUCGACCUUGACCCCAAGAAGAUGACUUCGGUUCCCAUGUAUCUAAAGAAGGACCGCACCAUUGUCAACCAUUACCUGACCACCGUCGGAGACCGUGAGGCAGCCUGCGGAGCAAAUUAA